UGUACCAUUUUUAUAUACGGGAGGGAAGGGUUGAAAUCCGUUUUCCAGGCUACGGAAAUGCUUCGCUUCGGUUUGAGGGUCCUCCAAAUUGGCCACGAUCCUCAGCCGGCUGGGCUGUGGAUGAUGGGAGUUGUAGGCCAGUUGUUGGGCUUGAAUUCUGGGAGUUGAAGUCCCACUACACCCAAGUGGCGCUCUAAAGACAAGAGCAGUGUGAAAUAAAUCGUUAAAUGUGAUUAAAAAGUGUCUUUCUCCAGGCAAUGCAUGCUUGUUGCAAAACUUGGCUUCGCAAAUGCAUACAAGAAAUCCUCAAACUUAAAAUGGUUCGUUUAGUGACAGCUCACAGUUACGACAUCACUGAAAAAGGUGACUUAGGACCGUUUUCCCACACUUACGACCGUUGCAGCAUCCUCGUGGUCAUGUGAUCAAAAUUCAGACGCUUGGCGAUUGACUCAUGAUGGCUCAGCACUGGAAGAAGGAAGAAACACCAUCAGAGGAAGUGAUAAUUAAGAAGAUCUUGGACUGUGCUGAAAUGGACAGACUCACGCUGAGGAUUAGAGAGGAAGAAGAUACAGAAUAUUUUCAAGCAUGGAAUUUAUUUUAUCAGUGGCUGGAAAAACGGUGUGGAGACUAGGAAUAUAAUUUGUAUUACUAAGCAACAGAAAAUGUAACCCAGAUGACACGAUGUUUAUCAAGCACUAAUGAAAUGUAAUAAUAAUAGAAAACUAAUAAUAUAAUAAUAAAUAAGGGCAGGGGAAUCCUUUGCAGCUUGCCAGGAGAGGGAGGGCAAGCUUUCAAAAUGAAAAAGCAGAAACAGUCUUAGCCUGGCUGUCUCGGGGUGAAUCCCCCUUAAUCCAAGGACGCUUUUAGCCCUGCUGGGAACUUUUUAGAGGAGCCCUAAAGGAAUCACUUCCCGAAGAAAGGUUAGCCUGUAAUCCCACUUGGCUGCACCAGGAGCUGUGAGACCGCAAAGAACUGCAAGCUGCACUCUGCUCAUGAUAACAAAGGAACCAAAAUGGAAGAUGUGGGCUCCAAAAGGAUCAGUGACUUCUUACAGAAAUGCGUCAAACUAGAGGACAGCGAGGGGGGUCCUCCACCCAAGGAGAUCUUGGAAGUUCAAAGCCUCCCUCUAGUCAUGCCAUCCUAUCCUCAGACAGUGCAAGAGGAAAUUUCAAUGGUUUUCAAUACUUGUGCAGUGCCAGCCAAUCUGGGCCCUUGUACCAGGAGGCGGCGCGAGAAAGGCAACGGCCACGACGGGACCAGCACGUCUCUCUACGUCGACCGCCGCAAGUCCAAAGUCUGGAACUAUUAUACCAAGCUGGGCGACGCCUACGUGGAAUGCAAUGUCUGCAAGAAGCAGCUGUCCUUCCACAACAGCACCACCACCAUGCGGGAACAUCUGGUGCGGAAGCACAGCAUCCGUGACACCUUGCUCUCGCAGCUGAAGGACGACCAGGCGCCCGACCCGGACUACGCAGCUCAGGAGAACGCCAUAAAAAGAGCUCGCCAGCUGACCCCGGAGAACAACAAUCCGUAUCACACUGUGGCCUGCACGGAACCCAGGUCGGAUGUGAUCCUGGAACUGGUGCUAGAAAUGAUCUUUCGGGACCUGCAUCCGCUCUCUGUUGUGAAAGACAAAGGUUUUGGCCUUCUCAUUGGCUACUUAGAACCUAGCUUUGUUCUGCCCUCUCCAGUGCAGCUCUCUAGCAUGUUGUGGCAUCGAUACAAUGUGGUCAAGCAACAUCUGGAACGCUACCUGCAGACAGCUCAAUCGAUUGUCAUCUGCGCCGAAUUCUGGCUGUCUCACCCCAACCAGAGGUACCUGACGAUGGUGACUAAUUUUAUCGACGGAGAAUGGCGGCGGGCAAGAUGCAUCCUGGAGAGCCAGCAGGUCCACGAGAACAAAGCAGGGCGCAGCCUGGGAGACAGGCUGUAUGCAGUCCUCGCGGACUUUGGGCUGUCCAACAAAUCUGUUUUCUGCAUGAUGCACGACAGCCUGCAGGAUUUGGAGGCCAAUUCGUCCCACCUGAAAUGCACCUAUGGUUGGACCAGCCUUUGCUGCGCAGCUCACCUGCUCCACCUCUGCGUCAAGGCGGGCCUUGAGGUGGAGCAGGUGCAGGAAGCGUUGGCGGCUGCUCGAAGCGUCGUCUGUUAUUUCCAGCAAGAUGCCAAAGCUACUUGCUCCCUCAACAGCAAACUGGAAGCUAUCAACAAGACCAAGCUGAAACUGGUCAUGGACACUGGGGCUCGCUGGAUAACGACUAUCGAGAUGUGCGAAUGCCUGUUGGACCUCAAGUGGGCCAUCAUGUCUGUGCUGGAGGAACAUCCCAAGGGGCCUUCGGUGGUCCAGAAUUUGGCCGAUCACCAGUGGAAGCUCUUGCAGGACCUGGUGCCCGUGAUGAGGACACUUAAGAUCGCCACGUCGUUCUUGCGAGAAGAGCAAAACUUCUCCGUCGCCUCCCUGAUGCCUUGCAUCCAUGGCAUCAUCACCGCCAUUGGGCAACAGGCGGAAGGAGCCAGCGGCAUCAUCAAGACAGUGGUCCACAAUAUCAGAGGUGAGCUCACCCAGUGUUGGGGUAUCUUGGAUGAAGCCAAGUUGCUGGAGAGCCCGGCGGUCAUCGCAUCGUUUCUAGACCCUCGAUUCAAGGAAAUGAGGUUUCUCAGCCCAAGCCUGCGGAGUGAGCUGCACAAAAAAAUCAAGGCCACGUUGUCCCAGUUCUUCAAUCCUCAGACACCGCUGACCACCCAGUUCUGGGUGCCCAAUUCCGAUUACAAAGCAGAGGUCAGUGAAGCAGCCGGCCAGCUUGCUGCUCACCAGGAAAGAGGUUCAAGUGGACAAUCUCAAAGUAUGUAUGAUAUCCUUCUGGGGAAAGACCCGACGGAGAGCAUGCCCGAGAUCCAUCAGCAGCUGGAGAACUACAUCGUGGAACCCCUUUGCAAGCGUAGCACUAACCCCUUGGAUUGGUGGAAGAGCAACGAACACCGCUUCCCCUCGGUGGCCCGGUUAGCCCGGCAAUAUUUGGCUAUACCGGCGACAGUUGUUCCACCGGAUCAGGCCUUUGCCGCUGGCGAAAGUGCGCUGGAGCACCGGAGAGGUGUACUGGCCCCCGAAAACCUGGACCAAAUUCUUUUCUUGCACCAGAAUUUUGACUUUUUAGAAUCGAUGCGAAACGGGAACGAGAAUCUGAGUAAGUCUGCACACAGCCAGUAUUGAAAAAAAAACAGGCAUGGGAAGAGCAUAAGAAAUCAGUGUAUCCUGAUGCAGCCAAUGCCCCGAGAAGGGAAGAGGAGGAUCAGUUUUUAAAAAGGAUAACAUGAUUUUCAGGUCACUUUAGUCAAACUGGCAGUAAGGUUUGAGCUCGUCCUUUAACUUAAAAAUCAGUUUGCCUACUGCCCUAAGCUUUACGUGGGUUUCUCCCUGUUGUGCAGAUUGUCCUGUAAAUAAGACUAGCUUUAAAGAAAAAAAAAUGAGACAUACGGGUAGUCCUUGAUGUAUGAUCAUAAUUGACUCCAAAAUUUCUGUGGCUGACACAUUUGUUAAGUGAGUUCUGCCCCAUUUUACGACGACUUUUCUUGC